ACUUAUUUUUUGUGAUGGAAUAUUUAAAUGGCGGUGAUCUCAUGUUCCACAUACAAGAAAGUGGUCGUUUUUCGGAAGAACGUGCAAGAUUUUAUGGUGCCGAGAUUAUUUCAGGUCUAAAGUUCUUACACAAGAAAGGUAUCAUAUACAGAGAUCUCAAAUUAGACAAUGUGCUGUUAGACUACGAAGGUCAUGUACGUAUUGCAGACUUUGGUAUGUGUAAAUUGCAAAUAUAUCUGGACAAAACGGCGGACAGUUUUUGCGGUACACCAGAUUACAUGGCGCCUGAAAUCAUAAAGGGCGAAAAGUAUAAUCAAAACGUUGAUUGGUGGUCAUUCGGUGUACUUUUAUAUGAAAUGCUAAUUGGACAAUCUCCAUUUAGUGGUUGUGAUGAAGAUGAGCUCUUCUGGUCUAUUUGCAAUGAAAUUCCAUGGUUUCCUGUAUAUAUAUCAGCUGAGGCAACUAGUAUACUCAAAGGUCUUUUAGAAAAAGAUUACACAAAACGUGUUGGCUCACAAUAUAGUCCUGCUGGUGAUAUAAGUGAUCACAUUUUCUUCAGACCAAUUGAAUGGGAUCUCUUAGAAAAACGACAACUAGUACCUCCAUUUAAACCUCAAGUGAAACAUCCAUUAGACACUCAAUACUUCGAUCGUGUCUUCACAAAGGAACGCGUGCGUCUUACACCUAUUGAUAAGGAAAUUCUGCAAUCAAUGGAUCAGAAGCAAUUCCAUGGUUUUACAUACACAAAUCCACACAUAACCCUAGACUAGAGUGAACAAAAAAAAAAUUUUAAUAUUUCAUCUUAUUCUUUUCUAAAUUUGAUUUUAAUUAAUUGGUGGUUUUUAUACUCUAAACGCAGAGGGUUUGAGUAAAAUUUUGUAUUAUAAAAAAGAAAACUUUUUAAUAAGGAAAGAAAUAUCUUUUUAAAAUUUGUACAUUUGAAUUUUGUAAAGGAAUUUAUAAUUCCUCACGAUUUAGUUUUUAAUUGGCAACUUGACAAUCGGUGCAAGUAUAAAUUUGAAAUGAAUACAUUUUUAGAAGAGUUGAAGGUCAGUUCGUCUGCGUUAUAUUUGUGAUUCUACAAGAUUAGACAAUACUUUGACUCUUCUCUUUGUUACACAUUAUAAUAACUUUUCAAAAACCAGUAUUUAUAGAAUUACUUAUUAAGAAAUAAAUUACUCCUACUCACUCAUUAAUGAGAACUACUUAAGUUUAAGUUAAAAGUUAAGCAUACGUCUAUACGUCUAGUCAUAUAAGAAUCUGUACAAAAGGUGUGUCUCCAUAAACAUGUAUUGUAUAUUCCCUCCAAAUUUUUAUUCAUUGAUGUUUCAUUAUAUUUUAUUAUAAACAAAUAGGAAUCCUUUUUGUUAGGUUUGCU